AUGGGACACCUUCGUGCUCACAAGACCCUUUCCAUCUUGCUGCUAAUGUUGCUGAUAGUCAUGUACAGAUUCUUGCUUGUUCAAAAAGUUGUUGAUAACGCGUCUUUGUACGAUUACUCUGCACACAACAAAAGCAAGACUUGUCAACGGACAAAGAUCUUUCCAUUCAAAAUAGGAUGUCCUGCACGCUGCGAAUGGGCGGUUAGUGAAGAUGAACCAAUGUACCGUAUGGGGGUGACAUGGUGGUUUGGCGAACCAGAAAAGUAUCCCCUGGACCACCCAACAGCCUAUUCCAAGGGCAUCAACUUUCAGUGCUCCAAUGAGUUUACCGAAGCCUUUGGGUCCUCCUCAGAUUUGCUCCACAAUUCAUUGGUACAGUCACUUCCUAACACCACUGGGACCUUGAUCAUCAAACGACAAAAAGUCAUGCACUUGGCUCUUUCCUAUCUCUGCUGCCUUCGAAAAAAUGAAACCGACCGGGUUCGAGAGAUUGCCUACAAGUGGGUCCAGGAUGUGUCGCCUUUUGAGUUCGAAGUAGCCUUCGAUAGGGUUGAAUGCUACCACGAGCGGCAGAAUUCUGUGACUACCAUAAUUGUUGCCGAUGCACGUUCUCAGCGGACCAUUGCUUCCAUGAAUCAAGAACUCAAUGAACGCUUGCAACGAGCUGGAAUUCCGGUGUCUGUAAAACGGCGAGAUCAAAUGCCCAGUCAUGUUACAUUGCAAGGUGUUCAGUAUGGCAAUGACUACAACAUGCUUGAGAACGACAUUUCCAGCUACCUGCCUCUGAUUUAUGACAAAGUUUCUGACUUGUCCCAGACUAUGGGAAGUUCAUGGACAGGAAAGUCGCCAUUUCUACGGUCGGUCCCCCGCAUGGUUAUCAAACAUGCACCAUAUUUUAGUUUCAAAGGAUCCCUCCAUGCUGGCAAAGAAAAGAAGUGA